AUGCCUUCAGACCAAGAACCUCAGACUUUUGGAAGUCAAAUCACAGAUGUCCCCGUCCGUCUUGUCAAGGACUUGGAGACCUUCAAAGCAGCACUAAGGAGACAUUAUGGUGAAGGAGUGACGCACCCCAGGGAGAGCGUACAUGGAGGAGAGGCCGUGUAUGUGGUUACAGCGCCUCAAGCGAGCACAGGCCCCCCAAAUCUGGUGAAGACUCUCCAGGACGAGGGCGUUCUCAAGAAGGAUGAUGAGUAG